AUGAAGAAUCUAUGGAAAGUCGUCAAUGUAAUGGUUAAGCAUAUGGAUUGGAGGCCAGAAUCAAUUCAUGAAGCUGCCCUGGAUGUAGGCAAACGUCGUUGGCGAACCCUGGAUGCCAGCUAUUUACCCCGCCGCCGAAGCCCGAGAAACCCACACCUGCCGAGGACAGCACUUGAUCUUCUCUUCACAGCACGUUGCGGACAACCUCUCUCUGCGUGUUGGAACACAUAUACAAACGAGCCCCAAGUCAAGACCGGCAGGCAAGACCAAAGAUUUAUAAAAUCAACCUCAAGCAAAGAUGUGCAUGCAAUCGUCUUGCUCUAUCUGCUCAAAGACCAGCUGGCGGGGCUGCGGCCAGCACAUCCCCCGUGUCAUGGACUCGGUCCCGACCGAACAGUGGUGCACCUGCACACCCAAGCAGAAAAUUGAGGGUAAGGAGUAUCCCCCCCGCGCUGGUGAGGGGACAACUGCUGCAACAGCCACCGCCUCCUCUUGAUCGAUUGUGAAAAAAACGAGAAUCCGCAAUUGCUGUUUCGAUAUGGCUGAAGGUUCUGUUUGCCGUUCCUGUGUAUUCUAAGGCAUCAAGGGUGGAUGGUUUUAGUUUGGGGGAAGAGGGAGGGGGAAGAAGCGGGGUACUGUCCAAUGCUCAAUGUUUCCGGCUGUAGGGCUGAUUGGGAGGCGGCUGGUUAAAUGUGGAUUUUCUUUCUUUCAUUCAUUUUUAUUGUUUGAGAGAGAGAGAGAGAGAGAAAAGCGCGAAUGCAACGUGAGAAUGGUCAAUAUCACGCAGUUUUCGUCAUUUU